CUCGCCCUCCUGAGCGCAGCUGUGAACGUCCACUGGUCGUUUGGCUGCAGGUUACAGGUGUACAGUUCAGCGGGAUGCGGCGUGUUUGUCAGGAGCUCCUGCUCAUUUAGAACCAGUUUAAUUUAUCGGACUGUCUCCCACGCGGCUGUAGCUUCGUCCGAGGAGGAUGUUCCGUUCGGGGCUGAGCUGUCCGGGCUGCGGCUCCUCCAACAUCGUGGACGAUGACUUGUACUCUCAGGCCCAGCUGGUGUGCGUGGACUGCGGCUCCGUGGUGUCUGAGGGGUCGCUGGCUGACGAACCGGCCGGAGGUGCAGUCGUCAGCUAUAACAGAACCACCGCCGUGGCCAAGAAGCCUUGUAUGAACCUAAUCCAAGGUGUGCAGCGUUUGAAAGCCUUGUGUCGGAUCCUCAGGGUCAACAGCGAAAUCGAGGAUCUCUCUGAGAAAUACUACAAACAGGCCUACCAGCACGCGACCUUCAUCAACGUGAGCCUCCAGAAGAAGGAAACUCUCGCCGGCUGCUGCGUGCUCUUGAGCUGCAGGCUGCGUAAUUGGCCCAUCACAAUGGGAACCAUAAGCUGCCUGGUGGACGCCGACCCCAACGUGGUGGGAGCCAUUUAUAAAGAGGUGCUCAAGAUUCUGAGCAUCGAGGCGCCGACGGUCAACGUCACGGAUGUGAUGGAGGCUCACAGUCAGGAAUACAAAAUCAGCUCACUUAACGUUCCGGAAGAAUUGGCCGAGAGCACCAAGGACCUGACCAAGCGCGCCGUGGCUCUGGUGGAGCUGGCAGCAGACUCCUGGAUUGUGACUGGCCGUAGGCCCGUCCCCAUCAUGAUGGCAGCGAUGUACUUGGCCUGGCAGUCCCUGAAACCCAACAAGCACCGCCUCCAGCUCUCUCUGGAAAAAUUCUGUCAGAUCGCCCAAGUGAAGAAGCACAGAGUGGCUCUGACGAGGAUAGCCGAGAUGAAGCAGGUGUUGUGUAAACUAGGCAAGGAAAUUCCUUGGGUGAGGGAAGCGGUGACGCCGGAUAACGUCGUUCGGCAGGUGGAGGACAUUCUGCAGCACAGGUACGCCCUGAUGAGGAGGGCUAUGAGAGCCCACGAGGACACUCUGCAGGCAGAGAGUCAGGCAGAACCUCCAACUGCUCCCUCCCAAAUCACCGAACACGUAGAACAAACUCCAAACGCAGCCUCCGUGGAACAAUAUAAACCUGACAGGGCUGAGCAACCAGGAGAUGAAGAGGCCAAUCAAGGCAGAGCGCCAGAACACGGCGAAGCUGAGGAGAGCCAAGAUCCAGAAUCAAACUGGGGCAAAAGAGUGCUGUUCGCUCCCCCGUGUGUGAUUCACCCCAAGAGGAGGAGAGUGGAGCAACCUGAGCUCCAGGAUGUAAACGGUGACGAGGAAAUCUCUGACAGCGAAAUUGACUCAUACAUCCGCACUCCUCGGGAGGCUCGAGAGUUCGCGUUAACACAGAAGGUGUUGUCUGACAAAGAGAAGUCAUGACCUGUGUUUAGUUCCUCGGGUACUGAACAACAAGUUUACAUGAAGUUUAAAUUUUGGGUUUUUGUUCCAAUAAUGAUGGAGAUGUGUUAGUUUUCAUAAGACUUAAUUUGAUAAAGUCCAUAAUGACGCCAUGUUUAAAUGGUUUUUGUUUGCACUGCAUCCACAUCAAAAGUGUCUGAUGUGACAGAUUUAGAAAUGUUUACAACGUGUGGUGACUUUGUAUGGUUUUGGAAGACUUUUCUCUUGAUAGAAGUUUUUAUUUUUUUAAGAAUUUUUGUAACAGAACUAUAAGAGCAUCCCCUGACAUGGAUGUAAGGACCUUGCAGUGUAAAUAAAUGUUGUUUGGGUUCAAGAAAAAGAUUGAGUUAAGACGAGUUCUAAUAAAAUUCUGCUCAACCAGCAAA